GUUCGUAGUCCUUCUAGUUGCGCUGUUGCUAUGGCCUUCGUCCGUGCCGUCGUAUCGGAGUGAGUGACCGGCCCGAGCACCAUGAGUGCCGAGGAGGACGCCAAGUGGCUUCAGUGGGUGACACACCAUUUUGAGACCAUUGCGGGAGAAGACAGGGAAAUCAACCUGCAAGAGCUCAAAAGAGCCCUGAACGUGAAAGAGUCCUUCUUCGCCAAGAGAUUCUUCAUUCUGUUUGACUCGGAUGGAAGUGGCACCAUCAUGCUUCAGGAGCUGCAGGAGGCGUGGACCCUGCUCAUCCACGGCAGCCCCACAGACAAACUCCAAUUCCUCUUCCAGGUGCAUGAUGUUGACGGGAGCGGCUCCAUCAACGUGGACGAGCUGCGCAUCGUGCUGCAGUCGUGCCUGCGUGAGAGCGCCAUCUCGCUGCCCGAGGAGAAGCAGGACCAGCUGACGCUGGCGCUCUUCAAGUUGGCAGACAAGGACUGCAGCGGCGUCAUCACCUUCGAUGAGCUUCGAGACGAGCUGCAGCGCUUCCCCGGGGUCAUGGAGAACCUGACCAUCAGCUGUUCUAUUGGACCCACCUGUCCUACCUCCCAUGUCUGCACGGGCCCAACUUCUGGAAGUGGCUGCUGGUCCCUGGCACCUUGUUCUUCCUGGAGAAGGCCGUCGGCCUGGCCGCAUCCCGCAUGGAGGCCCUGUGCAUCGUGGAAGUCAAUCUCCUCCCUUCCAAGGUCACUCACUCACUUGUAUCUGAACAUCCCCACCAUCGCGCACCACGCGUGGCACCCCUUCACCAUCAGCAGCGCUCCUGAGCAGAAAGACACCAUCUGGCUACACAUCCAGUCCCAGGGCCAGUGGACAAACAGGCUGUAUGAGUCCUUCAAGAAAUCAGACCCAGUGGGCUGUGGUUCCGAGAGGCUCUCGAGGAGUUUGAAGAUGAGAAGGAGUCAGAGGAAGCCGCAGGGUUUGCAGCCCCAGCCCAUCCACACUGGAGCCUCGGCACAGGGCGCAAUGGCCUCCAACAAGGAUGUCUCUGUGGAGCUGAUGUCCUACAGGCCCAAGGGAACUCCACAGCAGGGGGAUGAAGGCCUGGUGUACGUGGGGACAAAGGACGGGGUUCAGGCACAGUGGGAAGCUGCAGCCGAGGACCUGGGCCGGGUCUCCGAGGUGUCCUCUGAGAACCACCGGUUCUGUAACAUCAAGUGCUACAUCGAUGGCCCUUCCGGGACCCCCAACCGCAGGAUCUUCGCCUCCGAGCAUGCCGUGCUCAUCGGGGCGGGCGUCGGCAUCACCCCCUUUGCUUCUAUCCUGCAGAGCAUCUUGUACAGGCACCAGAAGAGAACGCACAUCUGCCCCAACUGCCAGCACUCGGGGAGGGAGGGUGUGCCGGAUGCUGACAGGAAGCUCCUCAAGGUGGACUUCAUCUGGGUAAACCGAGGCUAGCGGUCUUUCGAGUGGUUUGUGAGCCUGCUGACCAGACUGGAGAUGGACCAGGCCGAGGAGACUCAGGAGGGUAGGAGAGGGGCGGGGCCUGAGGAGGAUGGAGGUGCGGCCGCGGGGUUCAGGGGCUCUUUAAGAAAGUGUUUAGAUUAUUCUAUUUCUAUCAAAAAUGUGGGGGAGAGGGGGCUGCUUUUUUCCCCCAACAAAAUGUAAAAUUUUGUGAAACUUAGAAGAGAGAAGAGAAAAAAAAUUCAUAAUCCCAUCUAGGUAUCCAGGCAUUUUAAAGGAUUUCCUUCUGAUAUUUUUUCUUAUUCACAUUUUAUAAAAAUGUAUAGCCUCCCCCACCCCAUUUCUCUUUUUUAUGACAUUUCUUUUUAUUCAAAAUGAGCACUUAAAAAGUUAGAUUACCAGACCUCAUUCCAGACCUUCCAAGUCAGAUUAUCUGGGAGUAGGGCCCGGGAAGGUACAUUUUUUUUUUUUUUUUUGAUUUGUAUGUGUGUGUGUUUUAUUAUAUAUUAGUCUCUUAAAUCAAACAGAGAACAAAAAGUGGAGCUACAAACCAAAGUUACAAUAGUACUAGCUUUUCUCAUCGCCCGUCUAUCUACUUUUACCAGAGGUCUUUAUUUCUUCAUAAGGCUUUGAGUUACUGCCUAGGGUCCUUGACUCCAACCUGAAGAACUCCCUGUGGCAGGCAGGUCUGGUGGUUAAGAACUCUCUCGACUCUUGAUUAACUGGGAAUGUCUUCAUUUCUCCCUCAU